GAUUAAUGUUACAGUACACGCAUGUACUAUCAGCAUUAAGGAGUUUGCAACAAAAUCCAAAAUGUCAGGAAUGCAUGAAAAAUUUCAACGGAAAGUAGUGCUUGUCACUGGAGCCAGUUCUGGGAUUGGUGCUGCCACAGCUAUCUUGUUUUCGCGUCUUGGAGCUAGUUUGGCCAUAACUGGAAGACAAGAAGACAACUUGAAAAAAACUGCAGAGCAGUGUGAACAAACGGGAUCAACCAAGCCACUUCUGAUUGUUGCUGAUCUUGCAAAAGAAGAUGAUACCAAAAACGUGAUCAAGAAGACAAUUGAACACUUUGGCAAACUCGAUGUCUUAGUGAACAAUGCUGGCAUUCUUGAGAUAGGUUCAAUUGAGACCACUUCCUUAGAACAGUAUGACAGGGUUUUCAACAUUAAUGUAAGGUCUGUCUAUCACUUGACGAUGCUAGCAGUACCACAUCUCAUUGAGAGCAAAGGAUGUGUAGUCAAUGUGUCCAGUGUCAAUGGGAUUAGAUCAUUUGCAGGUGUUUUGGCAUAUAACAUGUCCAAGAGUGCCAUUGACCAGUUUACAAGAUGCACAGCACUAGAAUUGGCUCCAAAACAGGUUAGAGUUAACAGUGUCAAUCCAGGUGUUAUUAUAACAGAACUCCAGAAGAGAGGUGGAAUGGGAGAGGAAGCCUAUCAAGUGUUCCUUGCACGUUGUAAGGAAACCCAUGCUUUAGGUAGACCUGGGGAUGUAGAGGAGGUGGCCAAGACAAUUGCAUUCUUAGCUUCAGAAGAUGCCUCCUUUAUAACAGGAGCAUCAAUACCUGUAGACGGCGGGAGACAUGCCAUGUGCCCAAGAUAAUUUGACCCAAAAAGAAAUUGAUUAUGAUUGAAUUGUUUAUUCUUGAAUUGCAAAUCUAUUUUGCGCUAUACAAAUAAUGAGGCUUCUAACCUCAAGAAUAUAUUGCCACAGUGGUCAGUUUUUUUUUUUUUUUUUAAAUCUUGAUACAAAAGUGAAAUUUGUGGUCUCUGAUUAAUUAUUUGGUGCAUACCAUUAAAUGCUUAUUUCAUGAAUCCUAGUAUUAUUACAAUUUUGCCAGAAGUAAAUGUGUAAAUAAACGUAAGGUUAAACAAUGGAUCAGGAUUCAAUUAGUCUUGCACAACAAACACAAAAUAGCAUUCAAGUAUUACAUUAGAUUAUUUUGCAAUCAGUAUUUUAUAUAUAGUACAUAAAGAAUGAGAAUAUAAAAUAUUUUAACAGAAUUUUAACUGUGGUUUUAGGUAAGGAAGUUGUGUAUCUAUACAGUAAUAUAUAUAAGAAGUGAUGCCUUAUAAUGUAAUAACAGGAGUAUGGCAAAAAAAAAUGUAAGCUUACAACUGUGCGUUUCAAAUACAAUGUUGUACUUUUUCAUAUUAAACUGAAGAAAAUACAAGUCCUAAUACUUUUGAGAGCAAAUUUAAGGCUGAACAUCUAUUGUUCUCACAGAAAGCACAAUGUUUACUCUGUCAGUCAAAACGAUAUGAUUACGUAUGUCCUUUGUGAUAUUGAAUAGUAGUAGCAAUAUCAGAAGGAAAAAAUGCAAUGUAAUUUUUAUGCACAUGCUGUAUUUUCAAAUAUUUGAUAAAAUAACUGAUUUAAUAAAAGUUUUAUUUUUU